UCUCCGUGCUUGCUGCUACGCCCGGAGUAUAGCCACACUGCGUCGAUGCCUUCACCAACAGUCUGCACGGGCGACCACGUCGGGAGCGGGAAUCGACAUGCGACGACGCAGGCGCUGCCUGCCAGCUCUGCCGACAGCUUAUCCUGCAGAGCUGGCAUCAUCUGCUCCACUCCGAAUAUUACAACAUUGUCAUACUUGGACAGAUCCACCUGGGCAUGGAGAAAGAAUGAACACAGAAGACGAAGACUCCCCACAGGCGUGGGAAUGGACAGGGCCUAUUCACGACAGAGAUCCAGUUCUUCAUCAGGCAGCAUAUCUAGGCGAUUUGAACAAAAUCAAAGAGGUGUUAGCAGUGGGCGGGUCUACGGAUAGUGAGGAGCUAGGGACGAUCGAUGCUAAAAAUAGACUCGGAUGCACUCCUCUACGACUCGCGGCUACAGGCGGCCACUCACCGUGUGUGAAGUACUUGAUUGACUGUGGGGCAGAUGUCAAUCUGUCCGAUGUCAAAGCGCAGACGCCGUUGUACGUGGCGAUCAAGACUAAGCACCUAAACUGUGCAAAAAUCCUUUUGGCAGCCGGUGCCAACCCGAACGGAGACGAACGAUGUCUGUGUACUCCCUUGUAUAUAGCAUCAAUGGAUGGGUUUGUGGAAGGGGUGCGGGAAUUGGUGCGGUAUGGGGCCGAUCUAGAUACAUCUCAGAUCAGAGUUGGAUCGUUCAUCAGUACACCACUGUACAUAACGAUUGCGUAUCAGCACCUUGACUGCUUCAAGACUCUUCUACAAGCUGGAGCAGAUCCAGACUAUGGAUGUGACCCAGUUAUAGCAAAGAAGCGCCAUCUACCCAACUGCCAGUCAUUAUUCCAUUACGUGGUUCGCAAGUCUUCCUGCAAGUGGCAGUUUGCAGCCUUGUUGAGGGAGUUUGGUGCUAAUAUGUGGCUUACAGAUGACAAGGGGAAAAUGGCAUUUGAACUCAAUGAUAUCGCACCGUCCGAAUGCAAACAGUACAUCCAGGAAGUCAUAGGUUGCCCACUUGCUCUCACACACCUAUGUCGAGUACGAUUGCGACACCACCUAGGGAGAAGUAAACUAGUCCUUGUACCACAGUUACCAUUGCCACAGAAGAUGAUCGCUUUUCUAGAACACAACGAGUGAAUAUUUGUUGUUGUUUUUUGCAAGUGCAAUUUUAUAUUUAUACCAUAAGGUUUCAUGAAAUUUGGCCUAUUGAAUCUCACCAUUUCAUUUAGUAUUGUUAGUGUAUAGAGCUAUGAAAAUUUUAAGCUAGUAAUUUAAAUCUACAUGCAAAAAAAUCUUAUUACAAGAUUCUUUAAAUGAAAGUUAUAGUUCUGUUUUAAAAUCCUACUUUUUAAGGGUUGAUAUUUAAUCAUAUGCUGUCAGUUUUGCAUGUGUUACUUAAAUUAUUUUGUAUAUAACUUAUUGUAAUACAUAACAGUAUUUGUUAAGCAUAUACCCUUCAAAUGAAAUUGGUUCGAGUUUGAUGUUGAGAGUAAAUAGUAGAUGUGCAAUGUUCUACAUUAUAUGUUUUACUUUAAAAACAAAUAUGCCUAUCAUGGAACUUGCAGUUGUAUAUAAAGCAGAAUAUUUGUAUAGCGUUAUUUUUGAAACUGUUAUGUGUGUGCUGAGAUUUGUAAGUUAUUACUAUGAACAGAUGAAACGGUCUUCAUAUGCAGUUUGGGCAUGGGUAUGCUCAUACAUUUGCAACGUGAUUGGUAUCAAUGCUCCAAGCCAAGAUAAUGUUAUCUGCUUGUAUGCAGGUGGCAUUCUAAGAUCUGUUAAAGUAACAGUGGGUGACCUCGUGUGAAUAUUUAUUCUUUCAAUUGAAAUCAAACAUAUUCAUGUGCAAAUUGUCCUUUUAUGUCAAUGUUAAUUAGUUCUCUCUCAUCUAACUGCCUGUGACAGCUAUUUUCACUACAAAUAUAAAUCAAUAGUGAAGUGCACA